UCUCCAGCCCCAAAAGGAGCACAGCGCACAGCAGCAUGAUCAUAGCAUCAAACAGACAAUGAUGGAUUCUUACUUAAAAGGCACCUUGUGGUUGAUACUUGUCCUCUUCACUUUGCCACACCUCACCUGCACCACGGUCUGCCCCAGCAGCUGCCUGUGCAACUCUGAAGGUGCUGUCAGGUGUUCUGGCUCCAGUAUCACAAAAAUACCAAAACAGCUGCCUGUCCACACAUACCUGCUGCAGCUCAAUAACAUAAACAUGAGCGUCUUAAAUAACCAGAGUCUGGCAAACCAGGAUCUCCUGUUGCGUUUCAGUCUGACUAAGAGCCACCUACAUACUAUCCACCCCCUAGCCUUCCACGUCGCUCCACAGCUCAAGUCAGUCAAGCUGUCAUUCAAUGAUCUCUCUACCCUUCCCGCUGGAGUGUUCAGUCCACUGACCACCCUGGAGCAGCUGCAUUUAGAUGGAAACCAGUUGGAAGCCAUUGCUCCAGGUAUGUUUGAUGGGCUUGGUGGUUUGCUGGAGCUGGACCUGAGCCGUAACAACCUGACUAGUCCGGGUCCUGAAGUUUUCAAUCGACUGACCAACCUCACCUUUCUGAACCUUGGCAGGAACUUCAUAAAGAAGCUACCACCUACCAUCUUUCACUCUUUGACCAGUAUUCGCCAGCUCAUGAUCUAUAACAACAAGCUAGAAAUGCUAGAAGCUGGAAUAUUUGAUGCGCUUUUCAACCUUGAAGACCUAAAAAUCCACCAAAACCAGAUUGCUAGUCUUCCACCUCAAGUGUUUUGGUCACUCAGGAACCUGGUAAAUCUCACCUUGUCCUCCAACCGACUUCAGGCUAUCCCAGAAAAGACCUUCUACAACAUGCCCAAGCUGAGCAAGCUUACUAUUUACAACAACCCCCUGUUAUCUCUACCGAACCAGCUGAUGGGUCACAUGCCUGAGAUGAGAGAAUUUUAUCUGUAUGGCACUAAUCUCACUACUGUUCCUGGAAAUUUGUUUGCUAACAUGACUGGGCUCCUGAUGCUUAACUUUCAUUUGAAUGAUAAGCUGAGAGAGUUGCCUUCAGACCUUUUCUGUUGUCUUCAGCUGAGAGAGUUGCCUUCAGACCUUUUUUGUUGUCUUUCGAACCUUCAGAAGCUCUCGCUGAAGUCCAAUGACCUCCAUUAUCUACAUCCUCAGCUGUUCUCCAGACUAAACUCACUGGGCACACUGCUCCUCAAUGACAAUAAACUGAUGAGUCUACCAGAAAACAUCUUUCAGGGCCCAAAAGGGCUUUCGAUCAUUCACUUGAAGAAUAACAGCCUCAAGACUCUUCCAGGAAAUAUUUUCUUGUCAAAUGCAGCUUUACAAGCUCUUACUCUGAGUGGUAACCUUUGGGACUGUACUUGUAGUAUCAGAGGUGUUUCAAGAUGGGACAAUUCAGAGUGUGCUGGAAACUUUCAUCAGCGGAUCUGUGAAGCCGAAGUGGGAGGCAGGACGUACAUAAAAGAUAACACCACCAGCGCGCCGUCUCGGUUCAUUCCAUCGUCAGCCACUGCUGCAGGGGUAAAAAUGGACCUGCCACUGACUCUUCAUGCACUGCUACUUCUCUGUUCCCUCAACGCUGUUGUUUGGGCAUGUCCUGAUGGGUGCACCUGUCAAGGAACCAAAAUCAUCUGCAGUGGCCUCACAGACUUCCCCACAGCUGUGCCCUCAUCUACCACCUCCCUUGCCUUCUCUGAUUGCAGUAUCUAUUCUCUGAAACCAGAGAACUUGGCUGAUUUUGUGAAUUCCCUUAGGAUCUUUUUAAUUAAAGACAGUGGUUUGAGGGAAGUCCAUCCUGGCACAUUUGAUUCCACUCUGAACAUUGGUGCAAUAAUGUUUACUGGCACCGUACUGCAAGAUCUCCCUGAGGAUGUGUUCCAACAUCUCCAGAAGCUUGAGUCUCUGAUUCUGAAGAACAACAAACUAGUGGUGCUCCGUCCUAACUGGUUUUCACCACUGAAAAAUCUGAAAGUCCUUGACCUUGGUAAGAACCUUUUUACUUCCGUACCUGUGGAAACCUUCCACUCCCUUACUGAGCUACAACACCUUUAUCUUUCCGAAAAUAAAAUCAGUCAACUGUCUAAAGACACAUUCAAGGGUCUUUCUAAACUGAAAACCUUACGACUUAACACAAACUUGCUACAGGAACUCCCCAUUGGUAGUCUGGAUGACCUCAAAAACCUGGAGGAAUUAUCCCUACGUGACAAUCUAAUCACUCACCUCCAUCGUGACCUGUUCUCUAAGAAUGUGAAGCUGCAGAAGCUGUUCCUCUCUCACAACAGGCUCACAUCUGUUCCACAAGGGAUCUUCUUAAACUUGCCCUUCCUUUCCCAGAUCUCCCUGUUUAAAAACCAGCUGGAGAGUCUGGGCCCGGGGGUGUUUGGAUCUAUGCCCCUGGAGCAGUUAUGGCUGUAUGACAACAAGCUGAGCCAUGUGGAGGAUGACACAUUCAGAAAUCUGACUAAGUUGCGUUUACUGGUGCUCAGUCGCAACCAAAUCAAAUAUGUUUCCGCUGGGGCCUUUACAGGGUUAGAGCAGCUGGAAGAGGUUUCACUUCACAGCAAUCUGCUCACAACCCUUCCAGCUGAGACUUUCCAGGGUCUGCCCAACCUGGUCAACAUUUCUUUGGAGCACAAUUUCAUCAGAUCUCUUCCUCUGGGUUUCCUCCAGGGUUUGAGCCAUCUGGGACAGAUAGACCUGCAAAACAAUUCCCUUUCCAACUUGCCACAGGAAAAUCUAGAUGCCCUCACUGCAGCAAAUGAAGUGCUCCUGCAGCAGAACCCUUGGAAAUGUGACAAGGAUAUUCUGCCUCUUAGGGACUGGCUGAGGAAGCACCAAACCAAGGCCAACCAAACCCUUGUGGUGUGUGAAACACCUUUCAGUCUGAAUGGUGAUGUGAUUGCUUUGCUGACAAAUGAGAACCUGAUGCCUCUAGGCUCUACUGAGGAGCCUGUUUUGACAACAGAGAAGAGAAGAAAACCCAGUACCCCUGCAACUAAACAAAGCACCUCCUCACCUGAUGUAAAGACCAUACCAACCUCAGAGCACAAGGAGGUUACUAGCACUGGACAAGAGGAUACGGGAUUAGUUUCUGACAGUACUCCAAUCAUUCUCAUUGUCAUUGCAGUGGUAUCCACUGUCAUCAUCAGCACUGUCAUCAUCAGCUUUGUGUGCUGGAGGAAGAACAAGAGAGGCAGGGGAAAUAUACAGUAGGCAGCAGAAAUAAGAAUUUUGCUGUAGACUACAUCAACCAACAUCAGCAACCAGAGAACUUUUAAAGACAAUGGACGACAUUUCACUGAUUAUUGUAGUUUACUUAGAUAAUUUGAUUUGAUUUAUUCUUUGAUUUAUUCUUUCAA